AUGCCGCCGUCCGGAAAGGCGGGCUCAUCAGCAGCGGAGCAGGUGGUCGAUGUGGACCCGCUUCUCGUGUACUUCACCUUCUCCCGCAUCCGGCCUCGCUUCUCUUGCGGGCGCACAAUCGAAAGCACGCUGAAGCAAUUUCGUGAUGGCGAGCUGCACCCGCGCGACCUCCCCCUCCUCUCCGUGCUAACUGACGGCGAGAACUGCUACAGUCAAAACAACCGACGGCUGUACGUGUACAAGCAGCUGAAGCGUGAAGGCUUGCUUGACACACUGCCGGUGCGGCUGCGCCCUCUGCCGCAGACGAAGCGGAUGCACAGCAAGUACUCACCGAAGACCUGCGCUCUGAAUGCAACGCUUAUGCGCGACACAGCGAACAGGGAUGGCGUCAAAGACGCGAGCGAGACAGCGGCGGACAGCAGCGACGCGUCCGAUAUCGAGGGUAGUCACAACAACCAUGACGACGAGCUCCGCAGCGGCAACCGCCCAGCUCCCUCGUCAAGCUCUCCGUCACGGUCGGCAAGCUGCGCCGUGGCGCCAGUCCUUGAAAGGGAGGUGGUGGAGGGCGAAGACUUAAGCAAAGCAUCAACAAGGGCGAAUAAGAAGGAACAGCAGCAGCAGCAGCAUGGCUUCACUCUGUCACAGCAGCCGUCGAACGCCAACCGGGGCGAAAAGGCGUCACAGCGUCCAGGAAAACGCAAGGGGGCUGUUGUAGUUCGAUUACCGAGCACCAGUAGCAGCGACAGAGGUGGUAACAGUGGCACGAGUGCCUUGGAAGCAGAGCUGCGCAAACUUGGCCUGCACACGUAA